GUGACAACGCGUAUAACCUAUAAAAAUAUACUAGAAUUUAGCAAAACAAAGCGAAAAAAUACAAAUUUAAACAUGUUUUUCUUAUAUUUAAUGAGUAUUUUAUCUUUAAUUGUCCAAGUAGUGUUUGUAACAUUAGCUAUUGCUGCUGGCCUGUACUAUCUAGCUGAAUUGGUAGAGGAGUACACAGUGCUGGCCAAGUCUGUGAUAUCUUGGACAGUGUUUAUAACGGCUUCCCUACAUAUAGGUCUAGUGAUAUUCGAAGACUUGCCACUCCACCUGAAUGUGCUAGGACUUGUUCAGCAGACGUUGCACGGGCUGCUGUUAAGGCAGUUCCCCGUUGUGAGGGUGACCAGCCCCACGUUCGUAACCUCUGUGAUGGUGCUCGUGGCGCAUCACUAUUUCGCCUUCAAAUUCUUCGGCACAGUAUACUUCAGUUUCUCAGAGGUCCUAGCAUACUUCACGCUGUGCCUCUGGGUGGUGCCGUUCGCGCUCUUCGUAUCUCUCUCAGCCAAUGAUUAUGUGCUGCCCACCACUGGAACGGAGAAGCAGCCGUUGUUGGGCGAUAACAACGUGGUCACGGACUACCUGUCGCGCAAAUCGAAAAGGUACAGUCUUCUGUCGUUCUUCAGUUUCGCCAAAGAGUCCAUUUUGCCGCAACGAACCAAGAAAGCAUUUUAAAUAGUUAGUUACAAUAAAGGUGGCAACUAUAUAGCAAUAUAUAUAUAUGGUAGUUACCAAUAUCUAUGUAUAUAACAGAUCACUACAUGGUAUAAAACAAAGUCGCUGCCGAUGUCUGUCCGUCCCUAUGUACGCUUAAAUCUUUGAAACUACGCAACGGAUUUUGAUGCGGUUUUUUUAAUAGAUAGAGUGAUUCAAGAGGAAGGUUUGUAUGCAUAAUACAUGCAUAAUAUAGUGGAGAAACACUGAUAAAUUUAGAGGUUUCUAAUGUGAUGUGAUGUGCACCCGUGCGAAGCCGGGGCGGGUCGCUAGUAUAUUAUUUAUUUAUUUAUUUACACUUUAUUGCACCAAGUAAAAAGAGAAAUAACAAAUACAGUAAAUAUUAAUGAGAAGUGAUACAAAAGGCGGCCUUAUCGCUAAGCAAUCUCUUCCAGAUAACCUUAUAUUAUAUAUCAGUGAUCCAAUAAUGAUAUUGGAGAUAUCAUAUUGAACAUAGAUAUCCGAUUGGUAUGGGCGAUAUCGAAAUAGGUAAUAUAUAGAUAUCAGAUAUUACGCAUACCUACAGUAACGUAGCAUGGAUAAUAUCGGUACUGAUGCGAUAUUAUUUUAUUGGAUUACUCUAAACCUUCAUAUAUGAUAUACAUACAUACAUAUCUGUCACGCCUAUCUCCCAUUAGGGUAGGCAGAAACUGGAACGCCAAAUGCCUCGAUACAAACAAACUUCAUUUAUCAAUCUCUUCAUACACGCUCGCCGGUUACGGGUACUUUUAAUUUGGCCCUUCUUCAGCGCGUCGCCUAUUUGGUCGACAUACGUCCGUCUAGGGCGGGCGGGCGCGUGCGCAGCCUUAAUGGCCACUUUUUAAAAUGUAAAAAUGUCCACCCGUGCGACGCCGGGACGGGUCGCUAGUUUAUUAAUAAAAUAGAUUUUUAAGUUUUAUACUGAAACGUGAUGAGUUGUAAUCCAAUUAGAGAAAUUAUUAUUAUGAAUAUUUAUAUAAUUCAUUCGUGUUUCUACCGUGAAGCAGUUGUGUUUGCAUGGCUGUGUUUCGGUUUGAAGGGUGGGAUAUGGCGUGAAUUUACUGGGUACAGAGGAAUAACACCUGAGUCCUCAGGAAUGGCAACGCAUGGGGGGUAUCAUGGGCGAAACAGUAUACUCUGUUAUGUCCAUGGUACUGCUCAUGUCUAUAGGCGACGGUUACCACUUUCCAUCAGGUGGGCCGUUAGCUUGUUUGCCAUUCUAAGUUCUAUAAAAAAAAAAAAAAAAUAUAAAAAAUGUAUUCACCCCAAAGGUUGAAUGGUAGAGAAUGCUACUAGCUAUGACCAAAUAGCUAAUCUCGCGGCUACACACACAAAAUAAUAUAGAUAUCGUAACAGAAAUUUAUAGAUAUUGCUAUAUAUGUAUUACCCAGUGACGGACUAGGACCGGGCCGGUAAUGCUGAAUGAGGCUACCAGUUUAAAAAGUUGAUUAAAUUUUUUAUAAGCUUUAUAUCCAGUUCACAUUUGUAUGUGGAUAGAUAGUCUUUGUUACCACCAGAGGGAGACUUUGUACAAAAGUCGUUUGCUUGGCUACCUCUGUCCCAUUCGUGUUUCUACCGCGACGCAGUUGUGUUUGCAUGGCUGUGUUUCGGUUUGAAGGGUGGGAUAUGGCGUGAAUUUACAGGGUACAGAGGAAUAACAUCCGAGUUCUCAGGAAUGGCAACGCAUGUGUGGUAUCAUGGGCGAAACAGUAUACUCUGUUAUGUCCAUGAUACUGCUCAUGUCUAUAGGCGACGGUUAUCACAUUCCAUCAGGUGGGCCGUCAGCUUGUUUGCCAUUCUAAGUUAUAUAAAAAAAAAUACCAAUAAUAGUAAAAAAAACAAUUAAUGUUGCUGGUUGCUGGAGCCGCCUCAGCUGUUGCUAUAUAUGUACAGCUCCAGCGAGAUGUACCUAUAUAGCGCUGAUUUACAGGCGACCCCUUAACUCCUUUACCUUUAGCAUGCGUGCGGGUCGCCAAUACCCAUUUUUCGGAUGGGAGAAUCAAUACGCUUAACAAAAAAUAAAUAAAUAAAAAACUAUAACCAGAACUAAAAAAAGAACAAUGUAAGUUUUUUGUAAUUGUUUAUAUUUAUAAUAAGUUUACUAUUGUAAUUUUUUGGAGGGAACAAUAAAGAGUAUCUAUCUAUCUAUCAAAGUAUAAAUAUAUAUGUUUAUUUAAUUAAAAUCUUGUAAAUGGAAUUUAAUUUAAACAUACAUAGAAUAUGGAUUGGAUGAGAGAAAUGGAGGCGUUUGGAGGCCAUCCAGUAUCAGAGGUCUGGGCGAUUUGCCCCUUCCGCCCCUCUUUAGUCCGUCUCUGAUAUUAUCCACCCCUUUCAGUAAAGGCUAAUACUCAAUGUACAUAAAAAAUGUAGUUUUUUUUUUUCAUAAGAACCAUGUACAUAGCUGUUGAACUGUUUCGUCUCUUUUACACUAAAUUCCUAAUUUGAAAAUAAGUGACAAAACAGUGUAAAAAUUAAAAUUGGUUUGUAUGUUAGAAGGAUUUAGUUUUUAUGAACAAGAGCGUUGGGCGUUGUGUAAUUACUUCACUAUUAGUGAUGAAUUAAAAAGUAUUUCGCAGCACUUUACCAAGAGGUGGUGAAUUUGUGAGAAUACCAACAUAAUUCAUUGCUGGUAAUGAAUUGGGAAGUACUCGUAAUACGACUCAGUCGUUAUUACUGUUAAUUUAUUUAUUUAUUUAAAUUUAUCGACUAAAGAAUCUUUCUUAAAUUUGGCAAAGAUGGCGCCACUUUGCAGGCAUACUUCCUUAUUCGAAACAUGAAACCCCUUUUAGCUAUUGUACUGUUUCCUCCCUUUUAAUUUUACACUAAAUUUACAAUUUGAAUGAAACUGACAAUAAAACAGUGUAAUAGUUUAAGUUAGUAGGAAGUUUUAUUUUUUAUACCUAUAAAAAAAAAUAUUGGACUUUUUAACAACACGUAGACUUAUUUUAGACCAUAUUUUUUAUUAUAUUUAUUUUCCCGCCUAUCGCCAUAGACUUUUUUUUUUCAUUUAUUGUGACUUUGGCGAAAGCCAUCAGCCAAGCGCCAUAGACUACAAUAAAUGUUACCUGUAUUUACGUUAGAAUACAGUGGCGCCACCAUAGUUAUAAAUUGGCAGUUAAUAAAAAAAGUAUAAACUGUGUAUACCAUAGAUAGCUAAGACUUAGCUGUCUAUGUUAUGCGAAAAUAUUUCAAGACAACAACAAAUGUGCGUUUAAUUGUAACCUAAAAAUGAUUAUAAUAUCCAAGGAUUUGUAAAAGGGAAGAUCUACAAUUGAAUAUUUCUGCUGUAAAAAAAGUUAAGAAGAAAGUUGGUGUAGAUAAUAAAAAUGCUCCGGAAUACAAGUUUAUGUCUAAACCUAAGUUCAUUGGUAAAAACAUAGCUGUCUAUGGUAUAUCUACGCAUAACCUAAAAGUUCUGUGAUUCUGUUCUAUCCAGUAACAAUGUAAAGUACUUAUUUGUAUGUGUAUUUAUAUUAUUGCUAACAUCUAGUCAUUAAAAAGACAAUAUUUUUAUUUUAAAUUUAAGAAUAUGUAUACAGGGUGUAAGGGACAGGUUGGCAAAAUUAAAACAGUGAAUUCAAGCCAUUAUUCUGGACUGAAAAUCAGUGGAAAUCUUUUCCGGAAAAUUUCUAUUUUUCUCCUGUUUUUUUUUUUAUCAUUUAAAAGGUAAACUAUAAUAUUAUGUCAUAAUAUAAAGAAAUAAUAA